UUAAGUAUUAGCCGAGCAGAAAGAGUAACACGAGAUGGCUUACAGCAGUAGACCCUACAGUGCGAGGUCAUUCAGUAGCCAGUCUUACACCCCUACAAGUAGAGCAAACGCGCCUCGGGCGAAUUCACAGUUCUCACUCCGAGGUGGAUAUCCUACGAUUAAUCGAUCGAAUUCAGCUCAUCUGUUGAAUUCCCCCAGCUCUGAGAUAGACCCACAGGUCCAUCAGAUUAAAAACAAGGAAAAGGAUGAUAUCAAAGGGUUAAACGACAAAUUCGCCGGUUUCAUCGAGAAGGUGCGUGAUUUGGAGAAACAGAACAAAAUCUUGGAAACUCGCCUUCAUAUUCUGCAAGAGAAGGACAACUACAAGUCUAAUGCAGAUCAGAUUGCGGCUGAAUAUAGAACCAGCCUGAGAAACCAAAUAAAUGGACUGGCCCAGGAUAGGAAGAAACUGGAGAGGGAAUUAGUACGCAUUCAAGGACAAGUGGAGGACCACAAGAACAAGUAUGAAGAUGAAAUCAACAGGAGAACAGAAUUAGAAAAUGAUUUUGUCAUCACCAAGAAGGAUGUAGAUGAUGCUUACCUCCAGAAAGUGGAACUUGAGUUAAAUCUAGAAACCCUGACGGAUGAAUUGGACUACAUGAAGAAGAUGCAUGAUGAGGACAUACGGGAGCUUCGUUCUCAGAUUAACAACACAUCAGUUGUGCUGGAGAUGGACAAUAACCGGGGUCUGGACAUGAACCAUAUAGUGCAGGAGGUUAGGGCCCAGUAUGAAGAAAUCGCUGCCCGUAGCAGGGAGGAGGCUGAGCAGUGGAACAAGAAAAAGUUUAAUGAUAUGACAUCUGAGGCUGGGAAAUAUGAAAAGGAAUUGCGAGAUUUGAAAAAAGAUAUUGCCGAUUUAAUCCGACUCAUUCAGAGACUGAACUCUGAAGCUGAUGCCAUGAAGAGACAGGACAUGGCCCGACAGAUUCGGGAAUACCAGGAUCUGAUGAACCUUAAGCUGGCCAUGGACAUUGAGAUCGCCACCUACAAGAAGCUCCUUGAAGGCGAGGAGAUGAGGUAA